GUGCCCGGAUUUCGCUGGCCUCCCGGAGUGGAGCGGUGGGGUUGGGCGGUAAACAGGCUGUGGCGAGGGAUGAGGGGGGCUCGCUCCCCAGGGGCUUUUCACGCCCCCUUAUUCCUUUAGAUGUGGUUUGGUCCGGACGCGGGGGCCCGGCAGCCGCUCGAGCCUACUCCCUUGUGAGAGGGGACAGCGGCUCCAGCGGAAAGCGGUUAAAGUUACGGAGAGGCUGCGAGACGCGUGUCGUCCCCUAUGCCAGCCGAAUGGUGUGGCUCUGAGCUGGUCCAGGAGCCGGCCCGACGUGUCUGAGCGAGGCCCCGGAGGGGGUGGGGAGGUGGCCUGCGGAACGCGGGUUCUGUGAAGAGACGUGGGGAAGAUUCGACUCUGAGAAGAGGAAGAGCCCGAUUGAAAGGGAGCGAGGCCGCUGAGGGGGAGGGGGCUGCCAAGAUGGCGUCGGCCUCCUCUGGGCCGUCGGCGGUCGGCUUUUCGUCCGCGGAUUCCGGGGUGCCUGCCUGCCCCUUGUCCUCAGUAUCUGGAGUCAAGAGAUCCAUGACAUCUGAGGCGCCUUGUGCCUCUGGCAUGCCCAUCAAAAAAAUAGGCCACCGAGGUGUUGAUUCCACAGGAGAGACAACAUAUAAAAAGACAACCUCAUCAGCCUUGAAAGGUGCCAUUCAGUUAGGCAUCACUCAUACCGUGGGGAGCCUGAGCACCAAACCGGAGCGGGAUGUCCUCAUGCAAGACUUCUAUGUGGUGGAGAGUAUCUUCUUCCCCAGCGAAGGGAGCAACUUGACGCCUGCUCAUCACUACAAUGACUUCCGGUUCAAGACUUAUGCACCAGUUGCUUUCCGCUACUUUCGGGAGUUAUUUGGUAUCCGGCCUGAUGAUUACUUGUACUCCCUCUGCAACGAGCCGCUGAUUGAACUCUUUAGCUCUGGGGCUAGUGGUUCCCUCUUCUACGUAUCCAGCGAUGAUGAAUUUAUCAUUAAAACGGUCCAGCAUAAAGAGGCGGAGUUUCUGCAGAAGCUGCUUCCAGGAUACUACAUGAACCUCAACCAGAACCCUCGGACUUUGCUGCCUAAAUUCUAUGGACUGUACUGUGUGCAGGCGGGGGGUAAGAACAUUCGGAUUGUGGUGAUGAACAAUCUCUUACCACGGUCAGUCAAGAUGCAUAUCAAAUACGACCUCAAGGGCUCAACUUACAAACGACGGGCUUCCCAAAAAGAGCGAGAGAAGCCUCUGCCCACCCUUAAAGACCUGGACUUCCUACAAGACAUCCCCGAUGGUCUCUUUUUGGAUGCUGACAUGUACAAUGCUCUGUGUAAGACCCUGCAGCGCGACUGUCUGGUGCUGCAGAGCUUCAAGAUAAUGGACUACAGCCUCCUGGUGUCCAUCCACAACAUAGAUCACGCCCAGCGAGAGCCCUCGAGCAGUGAAACACAGUGUUCCACGGACACUCGCAGGCUGGCCCCCCAGAAGGCGCUCUAUUCCACAGCCAUGGAAUCUAUCCAGGGCGAGGCUCGGCGAGGUGGCACCAUAGAGACCCAUGACCACAUGGGCGGCAUCCCCGCCCGGAACAGUAAAGGGGAGAGGCUGCUGCUGUACAUCGGGAUCAUCGACAUCCUGCAGUCCUACAGGUUCAUUAAGAAGCUGGAGCACUCUUGGAAAGCCCUGGUACAUGACGGGGACACCGUGUCGGUGCAUCGCCCGAGCUUCUAUGCUGAACGAUUCCAGCGUUUCAUGUGCAGCACAGUGUUCAAGAAGAUCCCCCUGAAGCCCUCUCCUUCCAAAAAGUUUCGGUCUGGCUCAUCUUUCUCUCGACGAGGAGCCCCCAGCAGCAACUCCUGCGUUACUUACCAGUCAUCGGUCUCUGGGGAACUCAAGGCACAAGUGACAACAAAGGCGGAAGUGGAGCCAGGCGUCCACUUGGGUCGUCCUGAUGUUUUACCUCAGACUCCACCUCUGGAGAAAGUCAGUGAGGUCUCGCCUAUUCCUGACUCCUCUUCCUCACCUGUAGUUGGAGAGACUUUGCAGAUGCUAUGUACAAGUUCAUCCCUUUUGGAAAAGCUUGAAAUCGAAGAGUCAGAUUCCUCCCACUGAGCAGAAAACCUCAGAUGACCUGGAACAAGAUUCUGCCAUCUCUGUGAUCCCAAGAUGUCAGCUCUUGCCCCAGCAGUGCUGAGUUUUAUUCUUAGUCACCAACCAAGGAGUAUAGUGGAGGCCAGGGGAGCUCUCCAUUCCCUCUCUGAAGAGAAAAACAUCUGCCUCUUCCUCUUGACUGGGCUUUAGUGCCAUGGACAGUUGGAGACAGCAGCAUCUGUCCACUCCGGAGUUGGGUAGCAUGACCUUUCAGCUGGCCGACCUUGGCUUCCACGUCGAGUUGUUUUCAAACCCCCACUCUUCCUGCUGGAAGUGGGGUUGCUGGAUCUGGGGGUUUUCUUUCCCCGCAUCUACCUUCACCAGGAGCUGGACUCUUGAUUUCCUCAGGACGGACUGGCCGGCACGUUAUCGUUAUCCCCACCAUGGCUCUUUCUCUCUGAAAGAAGACCCCUGUGGCCUUUGUAAAGGUUUUGGGGGGAGUAAGGGUGUUAACCACCUCCCAACCUUUUUUUUUUCCCCUUAAAAAAGGGAAGAAAAAAAAAUAGCGCACAGCACACAGUUUCCAGCCAGCCAAUUUCAGCUCAGAACUCCACAGUGUCGCAGAGAGGCUGUUCACAUGACUCCCUCAGACGAGCCCUGGUGUUUAAGACACAGAAGUGUGGGGAUCGCUCUGCCUGCAGCAGCUCCUCUCCUCUCUCGGCGAAUUUCUUAAGGCUGCAGGAAUGGAGAGAGUGGGACAGCGGGGACUCUUCACCCCUUUUGUGAAAACGGCGGGGCAGCGUGGGUCCAGGAGGCCAGGGGCCGUUCCCGGCAGAACCUGCUCACCGCUGGGCCGUAAUGAUUAUUACCAUUUUGCAAUUUGAAAUGUAUUCUGGUGGUUUUUCUAAAUAUGAAGACUUAUCAAAUGAAUUUUAGAUCCUUUUCCAAAGGAGAUUUCUUCCUUGCUCUUCUCAUUUUUCCAGCAGUGGAGCUGAGGUGCAGAGGGGACAGCUCUGUCUGUUCAACAGGCAGUCUGGUAGCUAUGAAGCUGGAGAGCGUCCUCUGAAACUUGUGGGAGCCGCAGAUUUUUGCCUAGGAGGCUGGGGCUCCGUAAUCCUCCUCCCUGUCUCCAGGAGCUGCAGUCCUCGUCUGAUCCUCCUCCUGUCUGGAGAGGAAGGGGCCUGGCAUCUCAGGCCGACUGUUCAACUCCCCUGCUCCCCUCCCCCUCCCCACACCUUGAUGGUAGGCUAGCUGAUACCCCAAGUAACUGUCUAUAUUAGACACCCCCAGCCAGUUUCUGGCUGCCUGUCUUUGCUGCCAUGUUCUUUUUUACAAGAAGGAAAGAAACAAUUCCUGCUAUUUUUUUUUCAUAAUUUACUAUUUAUGAUGUAUUUAAGUGUUUUAUUCAGGACAGAGUUCUGUUGGGGGGGAUAUUCGAGGGAGGCUGGGUCUUAGGGAAGGGAAUGGGAAUCGACAUUUUUAUGAAGUGUCACUAUUUGCCACUACUUUGUAUUGUUCAGAAAUGGCAAAUGCAAUAUAAGUGAUAAAUAUCCGGUUUUAAUGUAUUAAACUUUCAUCAGUUAUUUAGA